UAUUUUUACUUCAGUCCACCUGGAUUCACGUAAACGCGCAUACAUGUGAAACAUCUUACUAAUCUUCGACGACGCCCACGGAUGUCAAUAAAUACUCAAACUGUAAAACGUUUGACUUGCAUUUUGUGACUAGAAAUGAAUUGCUUCCAUCUAGACGAUUUUAUUGCAGGAUGGAUAAGCGGAGCCUCCAGUGUUGUUGUGGGACAUCCACUUGACACAGUUAAGACUCGUUUACAGGCAGGGAAAGGAUACAAGAACACCUUUCACUGUAUCGUUACCAUCUUCAGGAAAGAAAGCGUUUCUGGGUUUUUCAAAGGCCUCUCCUUCCCGUUGGCCAGCGUUGCUCUCUACAAUUCGGUGGUGUUUGGCUGCUUCAGCAACACGCAGAGGCUCAUUAGCAAGUUUCGCUAUGGUGACGGGCGACACCCCUCCAGCAUAUUGGACCUGACACUGGCAAGCAUGGUGACAGGCUUUGUUUCAGUGGGCAUGGGAGCUCCAGUGGACUUGGUGAAAAUCCGGCUCCAGAUGCAGUCUCACCUUGUUCUCGCAGAGAGCCUGAACCUUGCUGGGAAUGUGCCACUUCGUUCAGUGGGGAUCCAGAGUCAGACUGUCUACAGGGGCCCCAUUCACUGUAUUGGCAGCAUCCUAGAGAGCGAAGGAGUCACAGGACUUUACAGAGGGGCAGGGGCCAUGUUGCUGCGUGAUAUCCCAGGAUACACCCUCUACUUCAUCCCCUACACCCUGUUCUGUGAUUGGUUGAAUCCUGAUGGCAAUGCCUCGCCUCAUCCCUGCUCCAUAUGGUUAGCGGGCGGAUUGGCAGGGUCCAUCUCCUGGGUCACUGCAACCCCAGUUGAUGUGGUGAAGAGUAGAUUGCAGGCCGAUGGUCUACACCCCAGGAAGUACAGAGGGAUCAUGCAUUGCAUAAUGAAAAGCUAUAAAACAGAGGGUCUGCAUGUAUUCUUCCGUGGGGUAACAGUGAAUGCGAUCCGGGGAUUCCCCAUGAGUGCCACCAUGUUUUUGACCUAUGAACUCUCUUUGAAGUUCUUUCGGAGCCUCUAGCAGGUCAUCUGCCCUCUUGCCAUUGGCACACAAAGAUGUUACCUGGAAACUUUAUCUUCCUAUUUUUUGGAAGUGAGGCACAAGGUAACCUGCAGUUUUGUGUGACAUUAUUGCUGCAAAAUAAUACACAUUCUUACAAGUAUUUGCACUUUCGUUUUCUUUUUCUUACAUUAAGAAAGAAAACAAGUGUAUGUUUACAGCAAAGAUGAAAAAUGUUUGCGCAAUCAAAAAUCAAGCACGAUUUCUUCUGUACAUGUAAUUGAAUAUACUGCAGUUCAGUUAUAUACAUUGUGUAUAUUUUUCCUAACUUUAAAAAUAUUGCUUGAAUGGCAAUUUAUGAAAUGUGAUUAAUUCUAUUCAGUAGUAUUAUAUCAGUCCAAAUGUAAUUAUUAAUAUUGGCAGGCUUUUAUAUAAUUAAUCAUUUAUUCCAUUGUUGCGAAUUAUAUGAAUACACAGAAAAAUGUUUUAUUGUUUCUGUACCAUAUCUUAAUAUAUGCAAAAAAAC